GCCUGUUUUCGCCACUCGCACCCUGGUCACACUGAUUUUAUAAAUGCAAAAAUUGAGUAUGUAUAAGUAUUUACCAUCGUGUCGUUAUAGGAAAAUUACAAAUUGUGUCAUCUCGGCCCGAGAUAAAUGCUAAAAAGCAAAACAAAGUGAAUCAUAGUGUCUGCAAAUCGGGCAUAAACACACUCACAUAUAUAUGUACAUAUAUUAGUGCGCAGAUAUAUGAGGAAAACAUUGAGAAAAAAAAGAAGCAAAACAAUUGGAUUCAUUGGAAAAGCCAUUUGAACGCAAUCCAAUUAAAAUUCAAGUGUACUUCAACCGAGCGAUGUAGUCGCAUUCUAUUAUGUACGAUUGUAGUGGACUAAGGGAAUAAUCGAAAGUUACAUCAAAUCCUGUUGGGGAUAGGCGAAAAAUGCCCAAUGCUCCAUGGAAAUAGCAAAAUGGCAUUGGCAAUUGAAUGCACUGAUUACAUACGACCUGGAAACUUGCCCAUUUCGAAAUCGGAUGGGCAGUUAAGUCAGUGAAUUACUUCAUUACUGAACCACUUGGAAGCACAAAAUACAAAUACGAACUGCAACCCUCUCGCCAUGUCGGUAACAUCUUCGAUUGAGAAGCCAACAACAACAGUAACUGCAAUUCAGCAACAACAACAACAUCAGCAGCAACAACAGAAGCCACAACAACAACAGGAUAAAAGCAGCACCAUCACAAUCGCAGCAGCAGGACAGCAACAAAAGCGAAAAUCCCUGAGUUCCAAGCGCUCGUACUCCCUAUCGUCGUCGAGUGCCUCCAGUUCUGGUUCCAUUGGGGCGAUACGGUCCGCGACAUCCCCAUUGGUCACCACCACCGAGAGGGAUAAAGAUAAGGAGAAGAGCUCUUCCACGGCCAGAAAUAGUCACCAUCCACAUCACCAGCACCAGCAGCAGCAGCAGCAGCAGCAAUCCUUUUUGCCGUUCUCAUACUGCACCGAUACCAUAGCAGCCGUGCACCACCAGCGACAGUCGUACGCUUUGGUCCAAAAGGCGCCCUCCUUGCGUUGCCAGGGAAAGCCCCAUCAUCAGCUGAGCAACUUCUCGCCCACGAUGACCUCGUCGGAACCCUCAUCCCCAUUGGCCGCCGAUGGGUCCGGAUCCGGAAUCCUCAGCCCAUCGGAGGUCGCCAGCCAUUGUUGCGCCAAUGUCAAGGCCAAUAUCACCACCCCUUUGGCCUCCACUACACAGAAAAUGCACCGAACAAUACCAUCUGAUAAAAUUAACCUACGCCUCAUUCUUGUUAGUGGUAAAACAAAAGAGUUUAUUUUUAGUCCUUCAGAUUCCGCAGGUGAUAUUGCACAAACAGUAUUUGAUAAUUGGCCAGAAGAUUGGACCCACGAAACUGUGUCGAAAGCUGAAAUCUUGCGCUUAAUUUAUCAAGGUCGUUUUCUUCAUUGCAAUGUAACCUUAGGAGCACUGGGACUUCCAUUAGGCAAAACGACUGUUAUGCAUUUAGUGCCACGUGAUAAUUUGCCAGAGCCCAAUUCACAAGAUCAAAGACAAAAUAGUAAAGGCGGUUCUGGACGAUGCUGUUCAACAAAUUGCUCUAUUUUGUAACUAAAUUAUUAUAUAAUAGCGUAAUAUUUAAACUAAUUUGCAUUAAAAGAAGAACACAACCGAAAUAAAUAAUAUAAAUGUAUAAAUU